AGCGUCGUAUUUGUAGAUCCAUCAACAACACGCAGAGUUCUGGUUGGACAAGUCCGCGAAUACGAACACCAACGAUCGUACAGGAGUCCGUGCGACAAUCGCAGUGUCGACACCACGCGUCGUGGGUCGCUCGUGGUUGGAGGCUUCGGUAGUUUGCGGCCCCAUGAGGGUCGACUGCAGUUUGCUCCGACUCCCGCCUCCUCGAUCCUUUACUCCACCUGCUGUUGUCGCAGCUGCCACUCGUUCAGCCACUUCUUAUUGUGUGCUUGUAAUGGGAUAAUCCGCAUGUCGCUUUACGAUCACCGAGCUGUAACAUGAGACUCGUUGCACAAUGGUUCCCUCUUUUCUUAUGUUUGUGCGCAGGCGCCGGAGCUGCUGAUUGUGCAGGCUCCUUCGAGAUCAAAAGCUCUGCCGAUGUCACUGCACUCAAUCAAUGCACGACCUUCACCGGAAACGUUUCGUUCGCAGGGAAGGGAAUGGGGGAUAUCACACUCAAUGGCCUAAAAACAGUUACGGGGACCAUCAAGAUAGUCGAUUCAGACGCUGUGCUGUCGAUCUCGUCCACAACACUCGAGUCAAUUACGACAUUGACUCUGAGUAACCUUCCCAAGCUGACGACUCUGACGUUGCCCGCGCUGACCAAUUUCUCGAAGCUGGACUUCACGGGGCUCACUUCUCUGAAGGGGUGCGACAUUGCCAAUGGACCUCUGAAGCGCGACGUCAGCGAAGUCAGCAUCACCAAUACUGCCCUUGAGAAGAUUGAAUGGUUGAAGUGGCCUGUAGCAUCAGCCUUAACCAUCGCUGCCAACAUGAAGCUUACCGAUUUCACGCUUCCGUACGACAAGAUUAGCGCCGGUAGUUCCUACCAGUUUUCAAUCAACAGAGUGUUGACCAAUCUGGAUUUCUCGCAGAUCACCGGGAUCUAUGGCAGUCUUACCCUCAAUGGUAACAGCGAUCGAGCACUGAACUUUGACAAGCUCGAAACCAUUGAUGGCUACGUCAGACUAAGCGGGCCAUUCUCAAAUAUCACAAUGCCUCAGUUAAACUCCAUCAAUGGUGCGCUCAGGGCAGAAUCGAGUGAUAAUAUCCUCGCUUUCUGCAACUGGCUCAGCGUCCAGAACAGGCUAUACGGGCAUUACGACUGCACGGCGAACGACACGGAACCACUCGCUUCGUCUACAGCAUCGGUAUCUCCAUCAAACACAGCAGCCGCUCCGAGCGUCACAUUGAGUGGAGACAAUAAGGACAAUAGUGGUUCAGAUCUACCCACUGGUACUAUCAUUGGCAUCGCAGUGGGCAUGGUUGUCCUGAUCAGCGCGAUUUUGACAACAAUAGCAUUCCUGUAUUUCCGUCGGCGAUCACGAAACAGUCGAGCCCAGCAAACACGGCAGACAUCCACCCCAUCUGGAGAAAUGAAGACGCUGAGUACCUCGACGCUGGGCGAAGAGUUGACUGCGUCGGGCCUGCGCUACGAGCUCGGAGAAGGAAACAUAACGCAUGAGCUGCAAGGGCCGGGACCAGUGACGGAGCUCGACAGUCGCGCUUUGCAGGAAUUGGAGUUCGAAAAACCGACUUACAGAGAUCAGAAACUUGCGCCGCAGAGCCCGGUGGGGAGAUUCGAACUACCGUGAGCGCAACCAAGAAGCUUAGAGUAAUCUUACAGUCAUGAUCGAUCAUGCUAUACCACUUCGAUGCCUU